AUGGCCAAUGACAAGCUAGCAGUAGGGAGGAUAACUUUCUUCAUUCACAUAGAUGAAGUGAGGAGUCCGGGUAAUAAACUUCACGGAGGAGGAUGUUGUCAGGGUGUGGCCGGUAGCCAUUGUACCAAGUUGUGUAAACCUGUACUCACCGUUUGUCUUAAAAACAGUACACAUACUUGUGUAUCAAGAUUUACAACAUUAGACAUGCGGCGACAAAACGUCUUUUAUGGUUCUAAAGUCGGGAAUACAACAAACCCACAGCUUUUAGAAAUAGAUUCUUGGGUACAGGAAAAACACAAGCUAAGUAUCGAAGUACGAGAUUUACAAAACUCCUCCUCACCACUCAUCUACCAGACAGAGUUCUCAAACUACAGUCUUCAAAUUGGAGACAACAUACUUUCACAACACUGGCAACAAUUUGAAGCAAAUUAUUCGGCGGAUAAAAAUACGUUUUUUAUCCAGAUAACGUACAAGGCCUACUGUUCUGAGGGUUACUAUGGAUCAGGCUGUACAGCUCAUUGUCCUGGUAAUCCACGGAAAUGCGUCGUCAACGGUCAUAUAUACUGUAAAAUGGGAUGGCAAGGAAGAAGCUGCGAUCAGGAUAUCAACGAAUGUGCUGACCGAUAUUUUUGUUCGAAUGGGAACUGUACAAACACAGUUGGUAGUUUCCACUGCACCUGUCCUUCUUCUGUUUACGGUCUGAAAUGUCAGCUGGAUGAGGAUGAAUGUCUGCUAGAACCAUGUAAUACGGGAGAAUGCGUCAACACGAUCGGAAAUUAUACGUGUAACUGUGCAAGUGGAACAACUGGCAGAAACUGUGAAUCGUUGACUGCAAACCAAUGUCAUGGGGAUACGUGUAACAAUCAUGGACAUUGUGAUGUCAAACAUAGAAAGACCGUGUGUACGUGCAACGAUGGAUAUACUGCUCCUGACUGCUCUAGAAUAAAUUAUUGUUACAAUAACACCUGCUCAAAUCAUAGUACCUGUCAUAACGGACGCAAUUCUUACACCUGCACCUGUAAUGGUGGAUUUUUUGGCAAAGACUGUCAGACACUGAAUUAUUGUUAUAACAAGAAUUGUUCUAACCACGGAACUUGUCAAAACGGACAUAAUUCUUACACGUGUCAAUGUAGGGCUGGGUACCUAGGUAAAGACUGUGAACAAACUUACUGUCCUCAUCUUCAGUGUCAGAACGGAGCCUCUUGUAUUAAUGGAGCCUCUAACUAUACGUGUAAAUGUGUUCCAGGGUUUAAAAAUACAUACUGUCAAACACGUGAUUACUGUUACCAUCAGAACUGUAGUGGACACGGUACCUGCCAUAACGGUCAACAUAACUAUACUUGUAUCUGUAAUCCUGGUUUUCUUGGAAGUACCUGUGAACACGACUAUUGCUUAAAUAAUACCUGUAAAAAUGGUGCAACUUGUCACAGUGGAAAUUCAAAUUUUACUUGUUCGUGUAAACCUGGUUAUAUAGGAACUCAGUGUGAAACACGUAAUUUUUGCCACGGACAGACAUGUAGCGGUAAUGGGAAAUGUAAUAACGGACAAAGUAAAUACAUUUGUACCUGUUAUGGCGAAUAUACGGGAAAAGACUGCGAAAAACAAAAUUAUUGCUAUAACAAGAAUUGUUCUAACCGCGGAACUUGUCAAAAUGGACAUAAUUCUUACACGUGUCAAUGUAGGGCUGGAUACUUGGGUAAAAACUGUGAACAAACUUACUGUCCUCAUCAUCAGUGUCAGAAUGGAGCCUCUUGUGCUAAUGGUAACUCUAGCUAUACGUGUAAAUGUGCUCCAGGCUAUAUAGGAUCCUACUGCCAAACACGUGAUUACUGUUACCAACAGAACUGUAGUGGACAUGGUACCUGCCAUAACGGUCAACAUAACUACACAUGUACUUGUAAUCCUGGUUAUUUAGGAAGUAAUUGUCAGCAUGAUUAUUGCUUUAAUAAACUUUGUCAAAAUCAUGGUACCUGUAAAAGUGGAACCUCAAAUUAUGCAUGCUUAUGUCCUGCUGAUUAUAUGGGACGUCAUUGUGAAUUACGUAAUUAUUGCCAUGGACACAGCUGCAGUGGACAUGGAACUUGCCAAAAUGGAAAGCAAGGUUACACAUGUCGGUGUAAGUCGGAAUACCUCGGUCAUAAUUGUGAACUGAAUAAUUAUUGUCAUAGUAAUCUAUGUAAACACGGGAACUGUUCAAAUUCAAACAAUGAAUAUUCUUGUUCUUGCUUCGGUGGAUUUACCGGAACAAACUGUGACCAAGUUGAUUACUGUUACGGAAAGAACUGUAACGGACAUGGACAAUGUCAGAACGGUCAGAAUAAUUACACGUGUAAUUGUAAUCCUGGUUUUCUGGGAAGUAACUGUGAAUACGACUAUUGCUUUAAUAAUACCUGUAAAAAUGGUGCUACUUGUCAUAGUGGAAGUUCUAAUUACAAAUGUUUGUGUGUGCCUGGUUAUAUAGGAAGUCUUUGUGAAACACGCAAUUAUUGUCAUGGACAGAGAUGUAGCGGUCAUGGGACAUGCCAUAAUGGACAAAGUAUAUACACAUGCGCCUGCCAACCAGAUUACCGAGGAAAGAAUUGUGAACUGCAAAAUUCCUGUCAUAGUAAACCAUGCAGACAUGGAAACUGUACCAACACUAGUACAGGAUAUAAGUGUUCUUGUAAUGAAGGGUAUCUAGGAAAGAACUGUGAUGUAAUAGAUUACUGUUAUAACAAGCACUGCUCUAACCAUGGUACUUGUAACAUCAGAGGGAAUAGUUACAUCUGUACCUGUAUUAAUGGAUUUAUAGGAAAAGACUGUCAGACACUGAAUUAUUGCUAUAACAAGCAUUGUUCUAACCACGGAACCUGUCAAAACGGAAAUUAUUCCUACACGUGUCAAUGUAUGGCUGGGUACCUGGGUAAAGACUGUGAACAAACUUACUGUUCUCAUCAUCAAUGUCGGAAUGGAGCAUCUUGUGUUAAUGGUAACUCUAACUAUACGUGUAAAUGUGUGCCAGGGUAUGAAGGUUUGUACUGCGAAAUACGUGAUUACUGCCAUCAGAAUUGUAGUACAGGUGAAUGUGUCAACGCUAACGGAAGUUAUACAUGUAACUGUGCAAAUGGAACAACUGGUACGAACUGUGAAUCACUGGUUGCAAACCAGUGUCACAAUGGUACGUGUAAUAAUCAUGGACAAUGCCGUGUUUAUCAAAGAAAGGCCAUGUGUACAUGUAACGAGGGACAUACCGGUCCUGACUGUUCCAUUUUUAAUCCAUGUGCUCACAACCAGUGUCAGAAUGGUGCUACGUGUGUGAUAUCUGGAACAAAUUACACAUGUCAUUGUGCUAACGGCUUUCGAGGAAACAUUUGUGAUAAAGAGGAUUAUUGUGCAAUGACUCCCUGCAGAAAUUCUGGAUCUUGUACUAAUACCAAUUCUGGAUAUAAUUGUUCGUGCACUGAUCAUUUCAUUGGAGAGAACUGUAGCAUUCACAAUUACUGCUUUGGACAAAAAUGUAGUAACCGAGGGGAGUGUGUCAACGUCAACAAGAUCGGGGGUUACCAUUGUCAGUGUAGGAAUGGAACAACUGGUAAAAACUGUGAAACAUUGACUGCACAUCAGUGUCAGGGACAUGUGUGUCAAAAUAAUGGAACAUGUCAUGUUAAAGAAGGAAAAGCCGUGUGUAUUUGCAACAAUGGAUAUAGCGGACUGGACUGUUCCAUAAAACACUCGUGUGAUUCAAAUCAGUGUCGGAAUGCUGCUUUAUGUGUGAUGGCUGGAAUGGCUUUGUUCCAUUCUGCAUGCUUUUUAAUUCUAUUUUCAAUUUUGCUUUAA